GAAAAUUUCGUUCUUGACCUGCUCUUUCCUAUUUCCUAUUUCCUCCUCCACCACUUUCGCGUCGGCGUUUUCCUUGUACCUGUUGUGUUGUGCUCCGUGCAGGUUCAUUUGACGAUUAUUUGACUGUGACUCAGUAUUUUAAUUUUUGAUUUUGAAAGUUCUUUUAACGUUUUUAAUCGGCACGUGACUUAUUGACUGCUGCUUUUUACUUAUUUGUUCGUAAGAUGGAGGGACUGGAAGAUGAUUUUACUCUUCUCAAAUCACUGAUUGCUAUCACCAAAGGAGGUCUGACUGUGCAUAAACUCUUGAAAGAGUACAGAGAAGAAACAGGGUCAUCACUAAAUUUCUCAAAGUACGGCUUCAAAGAUGUGAUUGAAAUGCUGAGGUCCUGCCCUGAAAUAGCGGUUACUCAAGACCGUGAUGGAGUUGUGUGUCAUGUGAAUGACGGAAAAAUCAGCCACAUCACAUCCUUAGUUGAAAGAACUAGAGAUAAGAAGCCUAGACAGAGAAAAAGAAACUACAACAAGCCAAGGCCAUCUUUCUGUACAUCAAGGAGUUUCUAUUCUCCUCAUAGAGAUUCUAAACAUAAAUCAGGUGGAGAUACGUCAUCAUUUAAAUCUGCUAAUAUAAGGUCUGUGCAGUAUGGGCCGUCAUCAAGAAACCAUGAGAAUCCAAAUCUGUCCAAUUAUCAAAGGAACUGUGGGAAUAAUGUCCAUUACCAAGGAAAAGGCAGAGUGUAUUCAAAUAGCAGAGAUCGUACAAGCUCUUUGAACCGAGGCAAUCAACAGAUUAUGCAUAAUCGGAUUCCAAAUGCCCAUAAUUUGCACAAUGGACAUCCUCCAAAAGAGAGAGACUUCAAACCAGUUUCCAAUUCAACUGUUUCAAGCAGUUCUUCCAUAAAGAAAGAACUUUAUGCCAGAAGAGAAGAGAAGUCUACAUCUGGAAUUUCAAAAACUUACAGUUCAGGAACUGAGCCUGCGCCUAGUUCAAAACCCAUUAACAGUGAAGCAGGUUUUCAUUUGGAUUCUGGGGCUGUAACAAGCUCAAGUGUAUCUGUUUCAAAAUCUAUUCCUAAUCUUGAUGAUGAUUGGUCUUCAGAAUCAGAGUCAAAUCAGGUGCCUGCACGAACUGUUUUACCUUCCAGUAGGGCAUGUUAUUCAUCACAUUCGUUGCAGAACAAUACUGUGUCUUCUAGUAGAACCAAAGCACAGCCAGUGAGGUCAGAUGCACGGGUAUGUAGUUUUGGUGCUAGAGAUGUACGUUAUUUGUCCAAAACGAAUGAAAGCCAGAAAGAUGACCAAAAGAUCACACCCAAUGCACCUCCACAAUCUGAAGCAGUUGGAAAUGUUGGCCAUGCAAACCCUCAGUCUAUCCUUCGUGUUGUAAGACCUAACAACAAAACUAUUUCUCAGGCAGAGAAAAAAAUUUGCUUGCAAACAUCUUUAGUUUCUAAUCAAGAAAUUGCUGUCAGUGGAUCACCUACAAAACGUGUGACAUCAACAAGUGUGAAGGAUGGUGUGCCAACCAUUGUUGUAAAAGUUCCUAAUGAGAAAAAGGCUUUUACUAAUUGUGAGCCUAUGUAUGAAGAUUUUCAAUUUAUUGGUGAUUUUCUUCUACUUCGUGUAGCAGAAGUAUGCUUAGCAAGUACCGUUCAAAGGAAAGGUUCCAUAUCAUAUUGCGGUCUGUGUCGUGAUAAUUUAACCAUUGCAGAAUGUGAAGAAGCGAUUGUAAGGGAGGGAACUACAGGAAAAGUUGUCUUGUGUAUUGGAAUGACAGAUAUCAUACAGGGAGCUUCUCUGGAAGAUAUGAAGAAACAAACGACAUCCUUGUUGCAAAGGUUGAAAUACAAUACAGUCAUUCUCAUUACUCUACCAGUACCUCCAUCUUUUAUCAUGAUUGCCAAUGAAGAAAAACUAAGAGUGUUGGAGUUGUACAACAGAUGGCUUCUUAAUUUACGACUGCCUUGCUUGAUUGAUAUUGACCGCCAUUUGUACUCUGAUGCACCAUUUUACAUGAGGUUACCUAAUUCAAAUGUAGAGACAUUUUCUGAAGGUGGAGCAUGGAUUGUUAUGGAUGAAAUCAUCACUGCUCUUGGCUAGUAGAAGAAUGACAAUAUGUAUCAAUGAAAUGGGAUGAACUAGAUUGAAUUAAAAUUUAAAUACAUCAAAUUUA